AUGGAAGAGCAGCUCAAGGGGCUAGUCAAUCAGAGAGUGGCAGUUCAUGGCAAACUGGCCCGUGUUAACACUGCUUUGCAGUACAGUGCGGAUCAACCGAAUCCGAACAUUAGAAACAUUCAUUUUCUUCAGUUCCACAAAAAGACUGUAGAGAACUGUUAUAACGAGUGCAAUAGUAUUCAGAAUCAGAUUUAUGUACUACCACUCUCUGAAGACCGCCAAGAAGAAGAAACCGAGAGCUACAUCGAAUUCGAGUCGCUAUACAACGACGUUUCCGUUCAAUUGUGUAUGUUGAUCGAGGCGGUGACGAAAACAGAAACUGAUCUGAUUCUCCCGGUCGGACAUCCGAAUCCAGUUCCACCGUUUCCAAUCCAUCCGUAUCUCCCACCGCUACAAGUGCCCUUGCCGACAUUCGACGGCUCUUACGAAAAGUGGUAUUCGUUCAAGUCUUUGUUUACCACCGUGAUGAACCGCUACCAGCAGGAGGAACCAGCAUUGAAACUGUUCCAUCUGCGAAACAGUCUUGUCGGGCAAGCAGCUGGCAUCAUCGACGAAGAUUUGAUAAAUAAUAAUGAUUAUGAUGCCGCAUGGAUGUUGCUUACACAGCGGUACGAAGAUAAACGUGUCGUUGUUGACAAACACGUUGAAAAUCUAUUCAACCUGCCGAAGGUUAGCCAGGAGAACGCAGCGAACAUGAGGAAAUUGAUCGACAGCAGCACCAAGAACGUGGAGGGCUUGCGGCAUCAGAACUUACCGGUGGAUGGACUCGGAGAACAGAUGCUGGUGAAUCUUAUCGCAGCGAAGAUGGAUAAAAGGCUCCGGGUGGCCUGGGAAGCCCGUCAGAAGAAGAAUGUGCUAUCGACGUACGCUGCAACGAUAGACUUUCUGCAAGAGCAGUGUCGAAUUUACGAAAAGCUCGACGCGAGUAUGAAGCCGUUGACGGAGAGUGCUAAACCGAAAGCGAUGGCUAGGAGCCAUACGCUAGUGACAAGUGAUAUGAAGAAUGACAAGUUUGAAUACAAAUGUCCAGUGUGUAAGGCAAGCCAUGAACUUUGGAAGUGCGAGGCCUACAAAAACAAAAGUGUCAGUGAGAAAUACGAAGUGCUAAAAAGGUGCGGCGCCUGCUUCAACUGCUUAGGGAGAGGCCACCGAACCAGUGCAUGUGCAUCGUCACGUUCUUGUCGGGAAUGUGGCAAGAAACAUCACACUACGCUCCACGUUGAAGACGCAUUUAAAAACGUGAACAGCUCCACUUCCUCAAAUACGACUGAUUCUUCCACGCCAGUCGUAAAACCAGCUGGAAACCUGAUGACCAGCACUACAGCAGGAACGUCAACAACCCUGUGUGCUGAGAAUUCCGAGAAGCAGACCCUGCUUUCUACUGCCGUUGUUUUGGUCAACGGCUUGUGCAGCACUCCAUAUCCAUGUCGUGUGCUUCUGGAUUCCGCUUCGCAAAUGAAUUUUGUGACAGAACGAUUUGCGAACCUACUCUCACUGAAAAUGGUACCUGCUAACUUCACGGUUAGCGGUCUGAACGGCAAGAAAACUAGGAUUUGCCGUAUGCUGCGCACCACGAUUAGGUCUUGUCACGCUGACUUCACUACUGACCUAGAUCUACUGGUUACCCCACGAAUCACUGGUGAUCUGCCGGUGAAAUCAUUCGAUGUUUCGGAGUGGCCCAUCUCGAGCGAGCAGGUGCUGGCCGAUCCGACGUUCAACAAUCGAGGACGUGUCGAUAUGUUAAUCGGCGCUGAAUACUUCUGGAACCUGAUGGAGGAUGGCCAAAUCGAACUUGGUUCGAAUCUUCCAAUACUACGAAACACGAAGCUGGGAUGGAUUGCUGGAGGAAUAAUCGCGAGCGAUGCACCUGUCGUUGCGCGCACUUUCUGUCAAACAACUGACGACGACCCGAUCAUCGAUCUGCUGAAGAGCUUCUACAGGGUGGAGGCUUGUGAUGAAAUUCGCCCAUCCGCUACAGCGGAUGAAGAGAAGUGUGUCGAACAUUUCCGUCGCACACACCUACGAAAUGAGGAAGGGCGGUACAUUGUGCGUCACCCCUUUAACGAACGCAAGCACGAACUAGGAGAUUCACGUGAAAUGGAGCUGAAACGCUUUCUGCACCUGGAGCGGAAGCUAGACAAGCAACCAGAAUUAAAGGAGCAGUACUCGCUGUUCAUCCGAGAGUACGAACAACUCGGGCACAUGCGAGAGAUUCAGGAGACAACGGAGGAACCAGGAUCGGUGUACUAUUUGCCACACCACUGUGUGCUGAGACCCACCAGUACGACGACCAAAUUAAGAGUUGUAUUUGAUGGGUCGGCUAGAACGUCCUCGGGUGUAUCGAUCAACGAUAUACUGAUGACUGGACCAAGUGUUCAGAGUGAUCUCAUCGCGAUUUUGCUUCGUUUCCGAGGAUUCCAGUUCGUCUUUACGCUGGACAUUCCAAAAAUGUUUCGUCAAGUUGGCGUACAUUGGUUAGAUACAAGGUACCUACGCAUUUUUUGGAGGUACAACAAAGAUGACAUCCUGACCGUCCGAGAGCUGCAGACGGUUACGUAUGGCCUGGCAUCAUCACCGUUCCAAGCAACGAUGGCGCUCAAGCAAACUGCAGUUGAUCACAAGGAGGAAUUUCCGGAAGCCGCAAAUAUCGUCGAAAAAGGGACGUACAUGGACGACAUCCUAACAGGUGCCGAUACGCUAGCUGAAGCAUGCAAGCUCCAACGAGAAGUGACGGAUCUGCUGGCGAAGGGAUGCUUUGGCGCUCAUAAGUGGUGUGCCAACCACCCCGAUAUUGUGAAAGGUGUUUCUGAAGAGCUACGAGGAAACUCGUUCGUAGUAUCUGACGAAAAUUCGAAGUCGAUCGUGAAGACUCUUGGCAUGACCUGGGAUCCGGUCGACGAUUGGUUUUCUGUAUCGGUUCCGGAAUACGACGUUUUGGAUGAAGUGACUCGUCGCAAGCUUCUAAGCCAGCUGGCCAAGAUUUUCGAUCCGCUGGGCUUCUUCGGCCCCGUGAUUACAACUGCAAAGCUGAUUCUGCGAGAGGUUGGCGAAAUGCAGAUUGAUUGGGACGAGCCAGUCCCUUCUGAAGUGAGAUCCAAGUGGCUAAAUUUUCGCACAGAAAUAGCCGUCCUUAACAAGGUGCGAAUGCCAAGGUGGAUUUCCUGGAAUGGUGCGUUCAAGUUUGAGCUGCAUGGAUUUGCGGACGCCUCCGACGUGGCGUACGGAGCGUGCCUCUAUACACGAGCAGUUUUUCCAGACGGAUCCGCUCAGAUGAAACUGGUUUGCAGUAAAUCCCGCAUUCUACCGAUGAAGAGGGCGAAAACUAAGGCUGUCACGACUCCUCGUGCUGAACUGUUGGCGGCCUUGUUACUCGCCAAGCUGACUGUGAAGUUGCAGGACGCUACGGAAUUAGACUUCGCGUCGACGAAUCUGUGGAGUGAUUCAAAAAUAGUGUUAGCGUGGAUCAGCAAACCACCGAACGUCUUACAUACCUACGUUUCGAAUCGUGUAAGUGAAAUACAAAAACUUACCCCGAAUUGCAGCUGGAAAUAUAUUCCUACGGACGAGAAUCCGGCCGACCUUAUAUCCCGAGGAGAGCGACCGAAAAAAAUACUCGAGUCUAAGAUGUGGUGGACUGGCCCACCCACAUUCAACGGUUCUGUUGUAGAGAUGACAGAUGUAGUAGCUAUUCCGGAUGAAGAGUUACCGGAAAUGCGUGCUGGCGUAGUACUGGCUGUGACUGCUCUCACCAAAAGAAUGCCAAUGUUUGACAAGAUUAGCGAUUUCACGAAGGUUGUGCGUAGCACAGCCUACCUGGUACGCUUUGCGAUGUUCAUCAUAUCCAGGAAGAAGGAGUUGUUAAAGGGCCCGCUCACUGCUGAAGAAAUAAAGCGGGCAACAAUAGUGAUUGUACGGUUGGUUCAACACGAAACGUUUCAACCAGAGAUUCUCGCCCUGAUGAGCGGCACGGACGCAAAGCAUCGACUCAACGGAUUGAAAGCGUUUUUGGACCCGGAAGACGGCGUGUUACGAGUCGGAGGUCGAAUCAAGCGAGCGUUCAUACCAUACGAUAGUCGACACCAGAUGUUGCUGCCAGCAAAGCACCCGAUCACGGAAGCACUCGUCCGACACCUACAUCUAGAGAACCUUCACAUCGGGCAGAAAGGUCUACUUGCCAUCGUACGACAACGAUUCUGGCCAUUGAACGUGAAAAAUACAAUUCGCAAGGUGAUUCGAAAUUGUAUGGUGUGCUUUCGAGCAAAUCCGUUGAAGACAACUCAGAUGAUGGGUGACUUGCCAUCAUAUCGUAUCCGACCUGCUCCAGCCUUUUCGGACACUGGUGUGGACUACGCUGGGCCUUUUUGGCUUAAGUCAUCGUCUACUGCUCGUAAGCCCUAUAUUACCAAGGCCUACGUGAGUCUCUUUGUGUGUAUGCAAACCCGUGCCAUACAUCUGGAAUUAGUCUCCGACUUGACGACGGCCGCGUUUCUUGCUGCUUUGAGACGAUUCCACAGCCGACGUGGGUAUCCGAAAACAAUGCGCUCUGACAAUGCAACAAACUUUGUCGGAGCCAAGACCGAGUUGCAUGAGCUGUGGCUACUGUUCCAGAACCAAUGUUCUACAGGAAAGAUCGUGAGGUACUGUACCAACAAGGGAAUCGAAUGGUCCUUUAUCCCACCGCGAAGUCCACACUUCGGUGGCAUUUGGGAAGCUGGCGUUAAACAAGUGAAACAUCAUCUCAAGCGUAUUGUCGGAGACCGGAAAUUGACUUUCGAGGAGCUGUAUACUACGCUGACUCAAAUCGAAGCUGUAUUAAACUCUCGACCCCUGGCGCCUAGCUCGGAUGACCCAAACGACUACACAGCUAUAACACCUGCUCACUUCUUGGUAGGCCGCGAGAUGCAAGCCAUUGCUGAACCGUCGUACUUGCAUUUGAAGGAGAACACUUUAUCAAGGUGGCAGCUCGUGCAGACCAUGCUGCAGCACUUCUGGAAACGAUGGACAGCGGAAUACCUGCCGGAACUCCAGACUCGAUCCAAGUGGCUGAAAACGAACGAAAUCAAAGAGGGUUCGCUAGUAUUGCUUGUGGACCAGAACGCACCGCCGCUGCAGUGGCCACUAGGAAGGAUUUCAGCCGUGCACCCCGGACAGGAUAGCGUGACACGUGUCGUUACGGUGAAAACAGCAAAUGGAGGAGAGUUCAAGCGUGCUGUGACGGAGGUCUGUUUGCUGCCAUUUGUCCAUGAGACUUGA